CUAAUGCAGCACCGGAUCUCCUACUCCGCGUCUUGCUUUCCAUCUCCUCUCGGCACUAGGGAGAAAAUCUCGCGUUGCUGUACGCUCUCUCUCUCUCUCUCUCUCUCUCUCUCUACUACCACCCCUCAUCGCCCCCUCCCUUUCCUCUGUCUCUAUCUCCCUCUCCUUUUGAGUAGACGAGAUCUCCUCCCGAAACCUGAGCGAGGCAGUCACCAAAAACGAGAGGCGAUAUCUCUCUCACACUGCACAACAUGGCUACUAUUGUAACCUCGACAAGGUUCACAGACGAAUAUCAGCUAUAUGAAGAACUCGGAAAGGGUGCCUUUUCUGUGGUUCGACGAUGUGUCAAGAAAUCCACGGGACAGGAAUAUGCUGCAAAAAUAAUAAAUACGAAAAAGCUGUCUGCCCGAGACCAUCAGAAGUUGGACCGGGAGGCUCGCAUCUGCCGUCUUCUCAAACACCCCAACAUUGUUCGACUCCAUGACAGUAUCUCUGAAGAGGGUUUCCACUACCUGGUCUUCGACCUGGUGACCGGAGGAGAGCUGUUUGAGGACAUUGUGGCGAGGGAGUACUACAGUGAAGCUGAUGCCAGCCACUGCAUCAAUCAGAUCCUGGAAAGCGUCAGCCACAUCCAUCAGCAUGACAUUGUGCACAGGGACCUCAAGCCCGAGAAUCUUCUCCUGGCCAGUAAGAUGAAGGGAGCUGCGGUCAAGCUGGCAGACUUUGGUCUGGCUAUUGAAGUGCAAGGGGACCAACAGGCAUGGUUCGGGUUCGCCGGUACCCCUGGCUACCUCUCCCCAGAGGUCUUAAGAAAGGACCCUUAUGGGAAGCCUGUGGAUAUCUGGGCCUGUGGUGUAAUCCUCUACAUCCUGCUGGUGGGCUACCCCCCUUUCUGGGAUGAGGACCAACACAAGCUAUAUCAGCAGAUCAAAGCAGGAGCAUAUGAUUUCCCUUCCCCUGAGUGGGACACGGUCACCCCCGAGGCCAAGAACCUCAUCAACCAGAUGCUGACCAUCAACCCGGCCAAGCGGAUCACCGCUGACCAGGCCCUCAAGCACCCAUGGGUCUGCCAACGCUCCACCGUGGCCUCCAUGAUGCACCGCCAGGAGACGGUGGAGUGCCUCCGCAAGUUCAACGCCAGGAGGAAGCUGAAGGGAGCCAUUCUCACCACUAUGCUUGUGUCCAGAAAUUUCUCAGUGGGCCGGCAGCAUACCAGCCCUGCCUCAGCCACCACCAGCACUGCCUCGCUGGCACAGGAAGCAUGCAAAAGUUUACUGAACAAGAAAACGGACGGAGUCAAGCCACAGACAAACAACAGUAAAAACAGUGUAGUAAGCAGCACCAGCAGCACCAAAGACAACAGCAUAUCAUCUUCAGCACCAAUGGAACCACAGACCACUGUCGUGCACAACCCAGCUGAUGGCACCAAGGGCUCGGACGAGAGCUGCAACACCACAGAAGAGGAGGACAUGAAGGGUAGGAAAGCUCGCAAGCAGGAGAUCAUCAAGAUCACUGAGCAGCUGAUCGAGGCCAUCAACAAUGGGGACUUUGAAGCUUACACGAGAAUCUGUGAUCCUAGCCUGACCUCCUUCGAGCCAGAGACCCUGGGGAACCUGGUGGAGGGCAUGGAUUUCCACAAAUUCUACUUUGAGAACCUACUGAGCAAGAACAGCAAGCCUGUGCACACAACCAUUCUGAAUCCACACGUGCACCUGAUCGGCGAAGACGCGGCGUGCAUCGCCUACAUCCGCCUGACGCAGUACAUGGAUGCGCAGGGCCGCCCUCGCUCAUGCCAGUCGGAGGAGACACGCGUGUGGCACCGCCGCGAUGCCAAAUGGCUCAAUGUGCAUUUCCACUGCUCAGGCGCGCCUGCCGCACCGCUCCAGUGAAGCCCCAGCCAGCCACAGCUUGCCUGAAGUCUGAAGCUGAUUGGAGCAUUUCUUCUCCGUGGUCGGAUUGGCGCCAGGAGUCUGGCUGGAAGAGACCUGUUGAAGAUUAGGAACCACAAGGGAUUAAAAAAACAACCUUACAAAGUAAAACACAUAUAUAUUUUAAAAAAAGCCACAUUGUUGUGUGUGCAAUACCACCACCACUACUACCACGACCUCCUUUUGAGUCCAAACCCUUAGACCAGGGGAGCGUGGGGCUGGGCCACUCCUAGUCUUCUGGAUGGUGCAUGCUUCUGAUGGCCCUCAAGAGGGCGCUGUCUUGUCCUUUCUUCACCAUCUGUUUUGCCUGUUGUUCGGAGAAGUUGUGUUUUUUAUUUUUAUUUUAAGGGUGUUUCGCAGUAUUAACAUGUGCAACCUAUUUGAAACUUCACGUCAAAUCGAGGACUGAGAGGUUAAUUGUCGAUUGCAGUUCAGAAAUGUGAAUUCUGCUCUUUUUGUUUUUUGUUUUGAAGAGCACACACCUUUUAGUGAGUGGUGAUGUGAGAAUUCCUUUAUUCCUGUUUGCUUAACACAAAUCUUAACAUGUUUGUGUUUGUUUAUUUGUUUGUUUUGUACGCAGAGAUGUGGGGUGGGAUGAGGCCUCAAAGGGAAGGGAUAAAGACUAAAUUAUGUAUAACUAAUAUGAGAAGUUAAAAGCACCAAAGUGUAGACGUUAGACGUAUUUAGAAGAGACGUUUUAAUGUUGCUUUUGUUGGGGGAGGGAGGGAACAGGGGAUCAAAUGUAGGAGUGUUUUUUUAAGUAUUUUCUUGUGUUUUUGUGGAACUCUUGAUUUUUAUCUCCUGAAUGAUAUACUCCUGCUGUAUUUGAAAGUAUUUAGUGUUUAACAGAAUUGUUUUAAAAGGGGAGGGGGUGAACAGGGGCUUUAUUUAACAUUGUUAUGUAUUCAUAGAUAUUUAUACAGAGAGAGGUUAAAGUCUUUAGUGUCAGGCUUUGGGGAGUGGAGGAGUGCGUAGUGUGUGUGUGUGUGUGUGUGUGGGACUGUAUGGGACUGUAUGAGAGAGAGUGUGUGUGUGUGUGUUCUCCAGCUCAUUGCUGGCCGUGUUGUGCUUUUUUCAAACUUUUUUCCACCCCUCUUAUCUCCCACUCGCAUGGGAACCAGAUGUCAUGAGCUCUGAUUGGCUGUGGACCUCAGUGCUCCCGCCUACUCUUGUGUCCUCAAUGCCUCCCUCCCUCCCCUCUGGCGGUCAGAACCUGAAGUUGCAGAACACUCACCGUUUGUUUAUGAUUGGCGUUCCGGCGGUUUCAGAGUUCACUGUUACUGUCUCCGAUGCACAAGGGGGCGCUAAACACUACAACUCGGCCCACCGCUCUCACUUCUGCACACAAGCACUGAUCUCAAAGCCCUUUUUUAAUGCAUAUCGUUUUUUUUCUAUUCUCUCUUCUAAGCAUGUUUGGUUGGUUCGUUUGUUUCUGGUUAUGGGGUGGGGGAGGGGCGGGGGAAAUAUGGCCUGUACUGUUUUUGCACAUAAGCUUGAGACUCUAUGCUGUUCUUGUUCACGUUCUGUGGACUCCCUCUCUAUUCUCUCUGCAACUUCAGGUUAUUACUUCCCUUCCAAGGGUCGUUCCCUCGCUCUCUCCCUCCCUCCCUUUCCAGAGGAGAGGGAACCCGACAUCCAGCCCGUAGCUAAGGAAGCCCACUCCGUUUGUCCGCCCACUUGCAUGUCCAGUGUCCUCAAUGUUCAAGUCCUGUUCUGAGAUUGUGUGGUCUUUUUGUUGUCCCCCCACCCCUACACCCCCCGUCUCCACUUUGCUGUUCGCUGUUCCUUGGUAGCAAGGGUGGGAGGGGCUAUGCGGUGACACAGAAACACUGGGUGUGCUGGGGGUGUGGUGAUUGGUCAGAUGGUUAUCGAAUGAUGUUGGAUUGGUGGAAUAGAAGGAUGGAGAGUAGCAUGGGAUAGAGGAAGGCUGAGGGGCUAAAGUUAAGCUGAAGGCAAUCGAAAGUUUGAUGACGUAUUUGUUGCUGUUUUUGUUUGUAAGUGUUCCUUCCUGUUUAGUAUUUGUAGUGUUGGUAUUAGUAUGACAAAUCUGAUCUGUUGUGCUGGAGCUGUACGUACUUAUCUGGUGGCGGUCACUCACGGAGGGAUGGACCCAAUCACUGAAGUCCCCUCUUUCCGUCCACCCCUGUGCUUGCACACGCACACACACACGCGCACAUGCACGCACACACACACACACACACACACACACACACUCUCACUCUCACUCUCACUCUCUCUUACACUUGGUUAUACUGUACUACUACCCAAUACAUUCACUCGCAUUAACACAGAGCUCAAUAAACAUAUAACUGAAGGGCACGGGUACAUUUACACAUGCACGCACACACAAACACAGACAUGUGCUAUGAGCUCCCUUUAAAGAACAUAUCUGUGUGUCAAUGGUGUAUCAAUUCAGCACUGUUUUUUUCACUGUAGAAAAUGUUGUGUGUGUAUCUUGUAAUGCCGGAGGGUCAUGCCUGCUAUGUGACCCUUGUUGACCUUUGUGUCGAGCCAUCGUGCUUUGCUCCAUAGUGUUUGUUGAUACAGGGCAGAGAGGAGACAUGGGGGGGAUCACUAUCAGGAAAGGAUAAAAAUUGCAGUCUAUUUUCAAGACUUUUUUAACAAACAAAAAGAGAGUAAGUCCAAACUCUGCCCAAGUCCUCACAUGUGUGUUUUGUCGUGAGCUGCCCCCUCACCCCGCACCGCGUGACGGCCGACCGUGCCACUCCUCAGGGGCACACUGUGACACCUACCCAACCUUCGCCAUCAGAUGCCCCACUCCGUCCUAACGCCCCCGCGCCAACCUUGCGAUGUGUAGUUCUGACUUGCGUGAUGUUUUAACUGUACCGUUCAGUCCUCUUAUGGAGGGUGGGUUGGAGGUGGGGUCGCAGUGGGCCUGCAUCACUUUCUCACGCUCACUGAGCUUCCACCGUCACCACCACCCUUCCCACCUCGUACCCGUUCCCCCACCCCCCACUUCCGUCUUGACCUCACUGUUGUGUCGUUCAUUCAGCCUUGGGAAUGUUCAUUUGUAAGAGUUUAAUGCAGUUUGCUUAAAAGCCGCCAUAUUUCAGUAAAAAAUAAAAUAAAUCAAGACUUUGAAAGGGAUGACCGAGAAACAGAUACGAUAAUCAUGGUCUGAACAUGAUCCCCUGUGUAGUACUAUGAGAGCCUUGAUGUACUCAAAAAAUAACAACUCCUGAAAAGCCACUCACUUUUAACUACUAAACAUAUAUGCAGUUUUACAAGUGGAGGAAAUAUGCAUGUCUACUUUCUGGUAAUAAUUUUCACUGUCUGUGUUUAGUUAAAAAAUGGCAAUCUAUAUAUGUUACCUGCAUCCUCAAGGUAAUGAAAUGGCUCUGUCUCAGAUACUAAAAUGAAGUGAUGUACAAUGUUUUUUAAUGGACAAAAAGAUUAACAAAGCCUUAGCUUGGUAUGUUCCCCUAUAUUAGUGAAUUUAUUGCAUUUAAACCAUAUGUUAUGGGGCUUCAUAUGACUAUACUCUGAGUUUUAAAUUGGAUGCUGGAUUUUUGCAUGAUCAUAUGAUUAAUAAAACUAUGAAUUAAAAAAAAAUAUCAAGUGUUUGUUUGAAUGUUGGUAGAUCAUCAUAGAUUUGUUAUUGAAAUGAUCUGAAGGUAUUUAAUAAAAAUAACAUUUCAAUGCUG